AACUGUACCGUCGCUCUCUCUCUCUCUUUCUGUGACAGCAUGGCUCAUGCACCCUGACCAACUCAGCUGCCUGGAAGAUCCCUGUUGUGGACUAUAUCCUACCACUGAAUCUUGAAUGCGCUAAAACCUUUGUGAAUUUCGUCCAGGAAGUAGUUUGGUUUCCUAAUCUGAAGACAGCGCUUCAGGGCAGCAUCUAUACAAAUUCAGUUGGUAAACGUCAAGGUUUGACUAUACAAACAGAGCUCGGGUCUUCAUUCACUUGUUGGAAGAUGAGGUGCCAGUGGACAUACGCUGUUGUUUUCAUUCACUCCAACUAACUACAGUGACAACCCGCACUUUGGGAUGGGAAGUGAACACUCAAAGGACCUGAAAUUUGUCUAAUUGCUUUCUUUCCUCGUGGAAAACUAACUCGAUAAAUCGCAAGAAAGGAUGUGCCUGAGAUGAACGCAUUAUCAGACUGGACUAUUGACAGACAGCGAGCGAAUUAACCGGCUUCUUUCUGUUUCUUCUAAAAAUGUACAUGUAACUGUGACUCUUUGAAGGCUCUGACAUUCCUUGCACUACGGUCGUAUAAAUCUGUCAUUACAAUUAAAGAAACAUAAUUUAAAAAGAACACAUUCCGCGCGUGGGAUAUUCAAGGAAAACUGACGGGUCGCGCAGUUCGUCACCACCGGAACGCUGUAGCCUAUCGAAGGAGGCUGCGAUUGAAACUUUCAGAAAUGCCGCAGGUGGAGGAGAUGUUUUAUUUUGCGUUUAUCAGCUUGUUUAUGUCUGUGUCGGGCCUGGAUCCGGCGUCUAAGAUUGUGGCGGAUCGCUUCGCAGUCUACUGGAACCGAACAAACCCAAGGUUCUACCGAGGAGACUACCACAUCGACGUAUGCAUUAAUGAUUAUUUGGACGUAUACUGUCCCCACUACAUGGACUCGGUCUCUGAGGAGAAGACGGAGCACUACAUCCUCUACAUGGUCAACUACGACGGCUACAGUUCUUGCGACCAAACGGCGAAAGGUUUCAAACGCUGGGAGUGCAACCGGCCUCACUCGCCCAACGGGCCCCUGAAGUUCUCCGAGAAGUUUCAGCUUUUCACACCAUUCUCAUUGGGUUUCGAAUUUCGUCCAGGCAGAGAAUAUUACUAUAUCUCAUCUACAGUCAGUGAAAAUGGGAGACGGAGCUGCUUGAGGCUGAAAGUUUUCGUCAGACCUUCGAACAACUGCGAGAAAAGUCACGACCGCGUGGACAAGAUCAAUGAUGGAAGCAUUAACUCCAUAGAAAAUAAUAAUGAUGGAACGAGUCAUGAAUCUGCCGAACCAUCCCGAAGUGAUGUCAACGGUGCCGGCCGCAUUCAGACUGUAGGGCCCUUGUUGGCCUCAGCGCUGGUUCUUUUGGCUUCACUGUCCUCCUUAUAGCAUCCCAUAUAUGCACAGUGACACACCUGAAGUAUACAGGAGGACUCGUGAUCGAGCACUUUUAAGGAAUAUCUUUCUCU